AUCCUUCCGAUAAUAGACACUAUUAUUUUGUGUGGAAGGCAAAAUAUUGCUCUUAGGGGCCAUAGAGAUUAUGGCGAGUUUGAUAUAAAUCGUAGACCUGCCGAGAAUGAGGGUAACUUUAGAGCACUGCUUAGAGCCAGAAUUGAAGCGGGGGAUCAAGAUUUAAAAAAACACUUUGAAUCAUGUGGAAAAAAUGCUACGUACAUAAGUUGGAACUUCCAAAACCAAAUAAUUGAUGCUUGUAACCAGAUCAUAACUGAAAAAAAUAGCAACUAAAGUUAAAGAGGCUAAGUUUUUUAGUAUUCUCGCAGAUGAAACGUCCGAUGUUUCAACAAUUGAACAGUUUUCGUUGUGUCUACGAUACGUAGAUUCUGAUGCAUCAAAUAAUUACCAAAUAUGUGAGCAAUUUCUCAAGUUCAUGCCACUAACCUCCACAACCGGUAGGGAGUUGGCAAAAACUGUAAUAAAAGGACUUGAAGAUAGUAACAUUGACGUCAAUAACCUACGUGGCCAGGGGUACGAUGGAGCGGCUGCCAUGAGUGGGAAGUUUAAUGGGACCCAAGCCUGUAUCCAAGAAGCUCACCCCACAGCAAUAUUUGUGCAUUGCGCUUCUCAUAGCCUUAAUCUGGCAUUAUCAAACGCUUCUGAAGUUGCACCUAUCAGAAACUGUUUCGGAAUAGUAGAGAGGGUGUAUAAUUUUUUCAACACUCCUAAAAGACAAGCCGUUUUACAACAGUGUAUUGCAUCGGAGAUAAAUGUUGAAACCAACAGGAAAAAACUGCUACAACUUUGUCCAACAAGAUGGGUGCAAAGGCAUGAUGCCGUCUUUGUCAUGAAGGAGCUUCUUCAACCAGUUGAAGUAGCGUUGGAGGAAAUAAAAAACUGGAGUGAUAGAGACUCUUCUUCUGGAACUCUUAUUUUACUCAGCUCUUUACGUCAAGGCGAAUUCAUCAUUUCUCUCUUGGCAUCAGACAAGCUCCUUGGUUACACUGUAAACCUAAGCAAAAAGCUGCAAGGAAGUGAUUUGGAACUAUCUUCUGCAAUCACACAUGCUGAAACUGUACUUGAAAGCCUAAAAUCCAUAAGAACAAAUGCGGAUGAAGAGUUUCACUCCUUGUUUGAAGAGGCUACCCAUAUGGCCAACAACUUUGGAUGUAAAAUCUCCAUGCCCCGAACAGUUGGCAGACAACAAAAUAGAAACAACACACCAGCAGAUACGCCUGAAGUGUACUACCGGCGAUCUAUUUUCAUCCCUUGGAUUGAAUCUUUGAUAAGUUCUUUGGAAUCCCGAUUCAUGAAACAUAAAGACAUAUUGAAGGGGUUUGAGUGUCUGAUGCCUACAGCCGAUGGAUCACGUGGAAAGGAAGAAACCUCAAAACUUAAUUAUCUGCAGCUGUGUUGUUUUUAUAAAAAUGACAUAAUUGAAAGUGGUGGGAACAACGAAAGCCUGCUCAAAGCCGAGUUUGAGUUGUGGCACAACAGCUUUAAGACCCACACCAACACACCAAGAAAUGUAAUUGAUUUGUUGAACUUGUGUGAUAAGGACAUGUUUCCUAACAUCCACAUGUUGUUGAAAAUAUUGUGCACUAUCCCUGUAACUACGAGUACAGCAGAAAGGUCGUUCUCAACAUUACGUAGACUCAAGACCUAUCUAAGGAAUACCAUGGGUGCUAACAGACUGAGUGGACUGGCGGCUUUGAAUAUUCACCGUGAAAUAGAAGUGACCAAUACAGAGGUAGUUUCUGUUCUCAAAAAAUCGACCAGACGUCUAGAUUUUGUCUUGUAAAUAUUUUAACUUUAACUUACAUCUCAUUUUGUAAUCAUUAAAUUUACAUUUGUAAUUUAAAUGUAUUAUUUCUUUCCUUGAAAACUUAAAACUAAUUAAUGACAGUCCAACUUAUUCCAGGAUGACAUUUCAUAAUAAAAAUCAAUAUAAAGCUUUAACUUGUAAUUUUAAUAAGGUUUUAAUUGAGCUAAAAGCUGGUUUAAUGUAAUAGUAGCCUAUUAACUUAAAUUUUUCUCUAAUAAGAUUAACUUGUAGUUGAUUAUGAAACAGGCCACAGACAGUUGGUUUUAGCUUACUCAAUUAUCUAAUGAUCAUGUAAUACAGUGAUGUACCAAAUGUUACAUUAUUGUAGUUCGAUAUGUUAUAGGCCAACUAAUUAUAUAUUACUGGUCAUUGAAGGUCAUGUAAUGGAAAACUAUAGGCGUACAUUUUAUACUUGGGAAGCCGAAGCCCCCCCCAAACCAAAAUUCUGGGUGC